AUGGCUUCUAUUGCGAGAAUCCAUAAGCGUCAUGCUUACAACCGAGAAGGCCACACCUAUUACCCGGUGCUCAUCGUCGGCGCCGGAGAGUCGGGAGUGGCCAUGGGCUGCCGCCUGAAGGAAGUCCUAGGAAGUGACCAAUUCCGCAUCUUCGAACGCCAGUCUGGCAUCGGGGGAACGUGGUGGAUCAACCGCUAUCCGGGAGCCGCCUGUGAUAUUUCUAGACCGGCAACUUUGUACUCAUUCUCCUUCUGCCAAAAGAAAGACUGGUCCACGCUCCAUCCAUCUGGCCCAGAGCUGGCACAGUACCUGGCCGAUGUGUGUGCGAAGUAUCAAAUCGUGGACAAGAUCCAGUUCAACACCGACGUCAAGGAACUACGAUGGAUCGAAGAGGACGAAGAGUGGGAGGUAACUCUCUCUCACCUCGUACCUGGGGCCGGGGAUUUGGCACAAGCCGAGCGCGACCGGAUUGCCAGCCAAGACGGCCACCACGCGGUCUACGUGGAGACGGAGAUGGUUCGGGCAAAGGUCGUCGUCAGCGGUGUCGGCGGUCUGGUAGAACCGAAAACAAACCCGAAAGAUAUUCCCGGCUUUGACGAUUUCCAAGGCGAUAUCAUGCACACGGCUCGUUGGAACGACCAAAUCGAUCUCCGUGAUAGAGAUGUCAUCAUGUUGGGAUCUGGGUGCAGUGCCGCACAGGUCCUCCCCGAAAUCGCCAAACCGGAAGCCGGCGUUCGCUCAAUUACCCAGCUCAUGCGAACUCCGCCAUGGGUUCAGCCCGAUGUCAUUCCCCCCAAGUACCUCCCGGCGUAUGAGAAAUGGUCUCCCAUACUCAUGACCCGUGUACCGGGUUUAUCCAGCGUCAUGCGCACGGGUCUUUUCUGGAUGAUGGAGAAGACAUACUUCCAGUUAUUCGCAGAGUCUGCGUGGAGCCGACGGGCGCGACCGAGAAGCGAAAAGGCGUUCCUUGACCAUAUGCGCGCACUCGCACCAAAGAAAUAUCACGAGAUCCUGACACCCAACUACAGUCUCGGCUGCAAGAGACGUAUCAUUGACGGGACCUGGUAUCGCGCUCUCAAUGCCCCGAAUGUGGAACUAACCACUCAACCUUUGACACGCGUCCACGCGAACAGCGUCACAAUCGGACCGGGCAGUCACUAUCCGCCCGGAAAAGACGAGGAGUCCGGAGCAAGAGAUCUCCCUGCCGACGUGAUCAUCAUGGCCAAUGGAUUCGAAACAAACCAGUGGCUACACCCUCUCAAGGUGAUCGGCCGCGCAGGCAAAGAUCUAGAGGAGAUUUGGCGUGAGCGUGGAGGAGCACAGGCAUACCAAGGGAUCGCAAUGGACUCAUUCCCAAACUUCUUUAUGAUUUUCGGACCGAAUACAGCGACUGGACACACGAGUGUGAUCUUCGCAACGGAGAAUGCAGUCAACUACUCGCUGAAGUUCAUCGAGCCUAUUCUCAGAGGCGAAGUCAGCUCUUAUGAAGUCACGGAGAGCGCGGAACGCAAAUGGACUACCCAGGUCCAAAAUGAUCUUCAGAAGACGGUGUUCCGUCGUGGUGUCUGCUCGAGUUGGUAUGCUACUGAUGAUGGUUGGAAUUCUUCGACGUACCCGUAUACUCAAGUCCAUUACUGGUACCGAUGCUUGUUCCCAUACUGGGGAGAUUGGAGUGCGAAGCUUACUCGGAAGGGACGAGUUUUGCGGAGAGUCAGGAAGACACUUCGUGCUUCGGCGAUUUUGAUUCUUGCUGUGGGAGCUGGCUGGCUUUUUAAGUAUCCCCAGCAGAAGGGACGGCUGGUACAGUCGUUGAGUGCUCUCAAUGACUGGCUGUUCUCAACUGCGCUGCAACUACACUGGCCUUGA